AAGGGUUUCCGCCCUUCCCUCGAUCUAAGAGCUUGGCUCUUUCCCCUCGAGGUUCACUGUCGACACUCUUGCAUCGAAGCUCUCCCGUACAACACCACUUAAGUAUACUCAACCGCAAUCAUGGACCCUCUCGUGUCCUGGGGCCUGUUUAUCAUUGUCGGCUCAGCGGCAGUUCUCUACUACCGCAGCACCAAUGAAAAGAAGACGCAGGCUCGCGGCCUCCGCGCCAAGUCUGUUUCGGACGAUAUCGUCUCUCGCACCAAGUCGAAGCGGAAGACGGACGUCAUCACCUCCGGCAGCGACACUGCAGCGAAGAAGAAGAAUGAUGUGAAGGCCCGCAACAAGAAGAAGGAUCAGCAGGCCCCGAGCAAGGCGCCUCAAGUCACUACGCAGCCCAUUGCUGAUGAGGAGGACGACAAUGACAAGGAAUGGGCUAGGCAAUUGGCUGAUUUGAAGAAGGGCACGACCUUGGCCCCUCCGACGCGCAAGGAAGGACGCGGCAAGACUGUCAAGCAACGUGCUGCUGAUGCUGACCGUGGCCUCACGUCUGGAUCCUCCAACAACGGAGCCGAGGCCGAUGGUGAGCUCUCUCCUGCUCUUUCUCCGGCCAUGAAUGCCACCGCUCCCAGCGGCAAUGACAUUGCGGACAUGUUGGAAGCUCCUGCCGCCGGUCCGUCGGUUCUUCGUCUGACCGAGUCCACCAAGCCUGUCAAGCAGCAACAGGCUAAGAAGGCUCCUGCUGAGGCUAAGGAGACCAAGAAGCAGCGCCAGAACAGAAGGAAGGUUGAAGAGGCCCGGGCUGCCAACGAGGAGACCGAGAAGGCCCGCAGGGCUCUGCUCGAGAAGCAACUCCGCACCGCCCGUGAAGCUCGCGGUGAACCGGCCAAGAACGGCGUCGCCAGCGUGCCUUCUGGUCCCAACCCUUGGACCGCGCAGGGUGCUCCCGUCACCUCUGCUCCCGCCGCCGAGGCUCCUCUCUUGGACACGCUCGACAACGAGCGCCAACUGCCCACUGAGGAGGAACAAAUGCGCCUGGCCAUGGAAGACUCCGGCUGGAACACUGUCGAAAAGGGCAAGAAGGGCAAGAAGAAGCCUGCCGACGACUCGUUGGCCGUUAAGCAAGUCUCUGAGGCUCCUGCCAAGCCCGUGGAGGAGACUGCCAAGUCUUCCCCCAACAGCACGCCGAAGACCUCGCCCAAGGUCAGACCGGCCGAGCCCCACCCCACCAACAGCUUCUCUGCUCUCGACGAUCUUUCGAGCUGGCAGGGCCAUCCCCAGGACUCGGACUGGGCCGUUCUCUAAAGAAACAUAUACGGAAAUUGUUGCACGUUUGUGUGCUCACGCAUUGGGGAUGCCUGACUGCGAAGUCUCUUUCCUAGGAGCAA